AUGGCUGACCAAGACGACCUCCCUGUCCGCAGCAAGGACGCAUCUCGUCAACUGCAUCUCACAGCAUUCAUGCGCCCCGUUUCCCUUCAUACUGGAGCGUGGCGGUAUCCUGGCGCAUACCCGGACGCCAACUUCAACCUAUCACACCUCAAGUCAUUCAUCAGGAAACUCGAGGAUGCCAAGUUCGAUGCGUUCUUUAUGGCAGACCACCUGGCCGUGCUGAACAUGCCGAUGGAAGCGCUCAAGCGAAGUCACACCGUCACAUCUUUCGAACCGUUUACCUUGCUCUCCGCACUGUCACAAGUCACUGACAAGAUCGGCCUUGCCGCAACAGCAUCAACAACCUACGACGAACCUUAUCACGUCGCACGUCGGUUCGCAUCACUCGAUCAUAUCAGCAAUGGUCGUGCAGCAUGGAAUAUUGUCACCACAGGCAACCCCGAAUCUGCGAAGAACUUCGGUCGCGACGAGCACAUGGACCACUCCGACCGCUACAAGCGUGCACGAGAGUUCUACGACGUCGUUACCGGUUUGUGGGAUAGCUUUGCAGACGAUGCAUUUGUUCGCGACGUCGAAUCAGGAACCUAUGUCGAUCCGGAAAAGAUUCAUGUCUUGAACCAUGCAGGAGACGAACUCAAAGUCCGCGGGCCCCUCAACAUCGCCCGACCCGUACAAGGCUGGCCUGUCAUUGUUCAAGCCGGCCAGUCUGAACCGGGGAAGCAGCUCGCAGGCGAAACAGCAGAAGCCGUUUUCUGUUCACCAAAGGACAUCGAAUCCGCAAAAGCACUGUACGCCGACAUCAAAGGUCGGGCAGUUGCUGCAGGUCGUGAUCGGAACCAUAUCAAGAUCCUUCCCGCUGCAUUCAUCGUCGUUGGCGAAACCGUGCAAGAAGCGCGAGAGAAGCGGCUUAGACUUGACAGCUUGGUACACUACGACAGUGCCAUUGCUUCAUUAUCAAUCGCACUCGGAACCGAUGUAUCCGGGUUUGAUCCCGAUGGUCCACUGCCCGAGAUUCCAGAGACGAACGCGAGCAAGACAAGUCGUGCAGGUGUUUUGAAAGUUGCCGAGAAGGAAGGCUUGACAGUUCGACAGCUUGCACAACGACAAGGAGGCUAUUCCGGUCUUGCGUUUGUAGGAACCCCCCAAAGCAUUGCAAAUGACAUGCACCAGUGGUUGAACGACGAGGCGUGUGAUGGUUUCACGGUGGUCCUACCGUUCUUGCCACAAGGCCUGGAUGAUGUUACUCAGCGGCUUGUGCCAGAAUUACAACGGCGUGGGAUCUUCCGGAAGGACUAUCAGGGAACGUCACUUCGGGAGCACCUUGGUCUGCCACGGCCGAAGAAUCGAUUCUUUGAGUGA